AUGACAGGGGUAGGACGACGAGAGGAACAGACUCCUCCGCACGGCUGCCAAUUCGGAUCUCCCCCACUGGCCAAGGUCCACUGGUACGGAGACAAAAGUUGGCGCAUACCUCCACCAAAAAUCGAGAGUCGGAUAAACAGCAGGUUCAAGGCUGGAGAUAGCUUUGCAGCGCUGAGGAGAACAGUAGCCGGACUACCCAACCCAUGCCCACAUAUACACGGACGGAUCACUUUCCCGAGCCGGGGUCGGAAUUGGACUGAACGCGCGGCUGCGCAAACGCCAACCAAUCUCGAUGGAUUAUUGAAUGUGUCCUUACUGGAUUCGAUUGUUUCGGGACCUGCCAACAGCCUGAACGCUCAUAACAUGGAGGAUCAAUCUCCUCGAUUACGUGAUAAUCGAGAUGCAAUCGAAAAGCACCGCAAUAUCCGAUGUCAGAUGUUGGACAACACCAGCUCGAUUGGAAGCAACAAGGAAAAUGUAAAACCCCCGUCAAUUUCAGAUGUUAGGGUUGAGGUGCAGGAUGUUCAGCGUUUGCGAGUGUUUGAAACGCUCCAGCAAGACUGUCAACGUCAGCAGACAAGGCUGAGUCGUAGCUCGAGGCGAAAUUCUCCGGACAAAUGCAAUCAGAAGAACGAGCCGGUUAAUCCUCGUUUGAAUGACGGCAAGAAACGAAAACUGUUCGCUAAGCAAGCGGAACCAGAUAACAUGAACUUUAGCAAUGAUUCGCAGAUUCAACGCAGCAAAUAUGUCGACAGGAAGUUGGUGAAUACAGUGAAACCCAUCCAGACGUUGGACGUGAAACCUUUGAAAUUGAUCCAAAAUAUUGCCGAAGAAAGAAUUGAUCUUUUAAGUGAACCAUCCACAUCGGAAAUGAUGUCCAACGACGAGUUUGAUCGAUCCCUUCAGGCGUUCAUCGACCAUUUGCACACAAAACUGGAAAAGAACAUCCGAAAAAUCAAUCAGAUGGUGGAACGUACUACAAAGAAAUUCUUCAAGCGUGAACCAGCUCCGGAGAAUCUGUUGAAUAGUAUUCGAGAGGUUAACUACCUCAAACUAUUUAUUCUUCUUUUGGCUAUCCACCAAAGAACUGUAAUUUGGAAGUAA